AAGCAAGAACCAAAAUUGGUAGCCAAAUAGUAGGGGAACUUUGGCUGCGCAGCAAUUGGUUCUUCAUUCAAUUCCACACACAGACACACGCACACUCUCUCUCUCUCUCUCUCUCUCUCCUCCCUAAAACCCAUCCACCUGAAAGUACAAUCCUCUCAGUUCCAAAUCAUCAAACCCUAGAUUCCCUCCAUAAUUUCCCCCCUCUCAAAAAAAAAAAAAACCCCAAAAAACACCACCACAAUUUUCCUUCCUAACCAAACACACCCUUCCCCCAUGGAUCACACCCACCAGACCUCAAAACCCUAACGAAACUCCCACCACCCCCCCUGACUCACCGAGUCCCCAAUGGACCACCGCCGUGCGCCCCGUACCGUGAUCGACCCAAAAGUCCGCCACGUGGGGUUCUUCGCCCCGGCCGGGCCCAGCAGCCCGCUCGGGCCGUCCCCCUCCUCUCGUCCUCAGGUCACCGACCUCUCCCCCUCCGGUAACUCCCUCUCUCCUGUCAUGAUCCCGCCUCCCCGUCCGGUCCAGUUCCCUGCGUUUCCCCUCUCCCCAUUCCGUCGGCCCUCAGCCGCGGGCGAGUCGGUCCCCGUCGGGAGCUACAAUCGGUCGGAAUUCGCCUCGCCCACGGCGUCGUUCGGGGAGUUUUCGGAAGACAGAGCCUCCUCGCCGGGCCGGGCUCACCGGAGUAAUAGCGGUAAAUUUGCUUCCUCUCUGCCUAGCGGUGGGAUCAAGUUUGCGGCGGGAAAACAGAGUAAUUUACCGGCGAGUAGUUUGACCACGGUGUCGGUGGUCAAUAUGCCUCCUGGUGUUUCUGCUUUCCCUGACAAAAAAGAUUCGAAAGCUUCAUUUGCAGAAAAAGAUGGAGGACCAUCACUUGAAAUGCAAAAUGAAGGAUCUGCUACUUCAAAGCCUCUGAAAGAAAAACCCUCCAAGGCUGAAAGACGUGCCCUUCAAGAGGCUCAGAGAGCUGCAAAAGCUGCUGCGAAAGGUGAAGGAAGUAAGGCACCUGUGGCUGCUUCUGGAGCAGUGACCUCCGUAAAUGUAAAACCAGCUAAAGCUGCAAAAGCUCCGCAAAAGAGUGAUGUUUCCUCUGUUGCAGCUCCUGAGAAAAAAGGUGGUGAUCGUCCACUAGACAAAGACAGGAAGAAAGAUGUUCCCCAGCCACGCAUGCAAUUUGAUGAUAAGACCCGCGUUGAGAAAGCCAAAAAACGGGCAGUUGUAAAACAAACUGAAGUUAGAAACAGAGUUGAACUGUUUAGGCAUUUACCUCAAUACGAACACGGGACAAGGCUCCCUGAGCUGGAAUCAAAGUUCUUUCAACUUGAUCCACUCCAUCCUGCCGUUUAUAAGGUUGGUUUAAGGUAUUUAGCUGGAGACAUAUCUGGGGGCAAUGCUCGUUGUAUUGCAAUGCUUCAAGCAUUUCAAGAGUCGAUUAAAGACUACUCAACGCCACCUGAAAAGGCUCUUGUUAGAGACUUGACUGCAAAGAUUAACUGUUACAUUUCAUUUCUCAUUGAAUGCAGGCCCCUUUCAAUCAGCAUGGGAAAUGCUAUUAGGUUUCUUAAGACUAGAAUUGUCAAGUUACCUUUGAGUCUUUCUGAAUCUGAAGCAAAAUCAAGUCUCGUGUCGGAUAUCGAUCGUUUUAUAAGUGAGAAAAUAAUACUGGCAGAUAGGGUGAUAGUCAGGCAUGCAGUAACGAAAAUCAGAGAUGGGGAUGUUCUUCUCACAUAUGGCUCAUCCUCAGCUGUUGAAAUGAUACUAUUGCAUGCCCACGAGCUUGGUAAACAGUUCAGAAUUGUGAUUGUUGAUUCGCGUCCAAAGCUUGAAGGGCAACUAUUACUUCGUCGGUUGAUAGGAAAGGGCCUUAGCUGCACAUAUACUCAUAUAAAUGCUGUUUCUUUUAUGAUGCAUGAAGUCACUCGAGUUUUUUUGGGGGCUUCAUCAAUUUUGUCCAACGGAACAGUAUAUUCAAGGGUUGGAACUGCAUGUGUUGCUAUGGUUGCUCACGAAUUCCAUGUUCCGGUCUUGGUAUGUUGUGAAGCAUAUAAAUUUCAUGAGAGGGUGCAACUCGAUUCAAUUUGCUCUAAUGAACUUGGCAAUCCAGAUACCCUUUCAAAGGUUCGUGGUAGAAAGGAAAUAAACUAUUUGGAUGAUUGGGCUAAUAGUGAAAAUCUACAGCUUCUUAAUCUGAUUUAUGACGCAACUCCUUCAGAUUAUGUCUCAAUGAUUAUCUCUGAUUAUGGCAUGGUAAGUGUGACUGGUUUUCAAAGUGGCUGUUGCUUAAUAAUUUUUUGUGUUAAGUUUUAUUUUAUCAGAUUUGACCAACAAGAAUGCAUGAAAGCAUUGAAUUGUAUGGAGUGGUUUGUGGUCCCACCUAGCCUAGAACCUUGUAACUGUAGCUUGUGUUCCUGUUAAAGAUUGUCAUUGGGAAAUUGAUAUAAGGGUAUUAAGAACAAAGAUCUGCCGUAACCUAAAUUAUGUUGGUCCGUUGAUAUGGAAUCAAGGAGGAGUAUCAGAUUGGGUGUGUCUCGGCCUUGGAUCUCCCUAUCUAGGGAUAUGUAUCUUGAUCUUUAUAUUCAUUAUAAGUUGAUGUACAUUUGGGAUGUGUGAAGGGGUCGUAGGGAACAUGGGGAUUUCUACCUUCCAUCCGCGGGAGAGAAACUAGAACUUCUUUUUGCUAUUAAGCAUGAGCUCUUCUUCUUUAAUUACUGUAACAAAUUAGAGGGGUUGGACACAUAUAUAACCACAUUCUUGUCAUAUGUAAUUGACACAAACACAUUGGGGGAAUAAAAGACUCAAUUUAUCACUGGUUAUGUAUAUGUGGUGCUCUUUUAUGGAGGGAGAAGAAUUCUCUCCUGUAUUGUUUUCUUUCCUACUUAUUUGGGGAAGGGGAGGGUGAAGGGUUGAUGUUUGUAUUAUUAUACUGGGUUAAGUGGGUUCUGCGCGCUAUACUUCUUGUGGACUUGUUUUUUUUUUUUUUAUAUCUUCUUUCAAGUUCACUUCCUGUUCCAGGUUACCUCAUUUGUACACAGCUGUCACAGGACCAGGUUGUCUCUUCUCCCGGCGCAACUCUUUUAGAUCCAAAAUGCCCUCCUUGGGAUAAGUCAUUUGGGAUUACUAUCCCAGUUUAAAUUGCCCCACCUAAUGGUAUCGCUAGUCACACAUGGUCGUUAUGUAUUUGCUUAUCAACUUGAUAUGUGUGUCUUGUUUUUGUGGUUCAUUCAGGUUCCGCCAACUAGUGUUCCCGUCAUUGUUCGAGAAUACCGGAGGGAACACUUGUGGGUAUAGAGUUCAGUAAGCAGUCAUGGAGGUUUCUCAAAUUUUGUGUUUGUGCUUGAACCAAAUUCGCAUUGGGAGAUGAGAGCAUGGUAUGAUGAAAUAUACUGACGGCAAGCUCACUGUUUUCCUUCUUUGGGCCAUCUGGAAUAACGCUAUUUGCCUCAGCCGAUUAUCAGUGAUUUAUGAUUUUUGUUCUUAACCUGACUCAGUGAAGAGAGCGAUUUUCACGCCUCUCCGGGUGGGUGCGUUUUCAAUGUUGUGAUGAGCCUGUUUUUAACCCUUAUGGGUGUGAGACAACGGAUUUAUUGAAUUGAAGCGACAAUUUCCUA